GGUCAAAGGUACCCGGGCUGUGUUUUUCUCCGGACCAGAGGAGCUAUGAACGUCCACAGACUGCUGGCCCUGUGCAGGGGGGCCCGCCUUGGCACGCGCCUGGCCGCCUGGGGCGUGAGGCCGACGGGGAGAGACGCUGUGGAGCCGCGGAGGAGCUUCCAGACUCACCGCAGGAGCCUGGCGUACGCCAAAGACCUGUUCCUGGGUCAGGUCAACCAGAACGAGGUCUUCCCUUAUCCAGAGAUCGGAAAUGAAGAGUUAGAAGAGCUCCAGCAGUUUGUCGCUCCGGUGGAUAAAUUCUUCACUGAAGAAGUGGACUCGGCGAGGAUCGAUCAGGAGGCCAGAAUCCCCCCGGAGACCCUGAAUGGCCUGAAGGAGCUGGGCCUGUUUGGAAUCAUGGUUCCUGAGGAGUAUGGGGGCCUCGGUUUGUCCAACACCAUGUACGCCCGGCUGGCAGAGAUCACCUCCCUGGACGGCUCCAUCGCCGUGACGCUGGCGGCGCAUCAAGCCAUCGGGCUGAAGGGGAUUCUGAUCGCCGGGAAUGAAGCCCAGAAGCAGAAGUAUCUUCCCAAACUGGCCUCAGGUGAACACAUCGCAGCUUUCUGCCUGACGGAGCCUGGAAGCGGCAGCGACGCGGCGUCCAUCAAGACCCGGGCCACGCUGUCCGAGGACGGGACGCACUACCUGCUCAACGGCUCCAAGAUCUGGAUCUCAAACGGCGGCAUGGCGGACGUCAUGACGGUGUUCGCUCGGACCGAGGUGGAGGUGGACGGCGUCAAGAAGGACAAGAUCUCCGCGUUCAUCGUGGAGCGGGCGUUUGGGGGCGUGGUCAGCGGCAAGCCGGAGGACAAGCUGGGCAUCCGGGGCUCCAACACGUGUGAAGUGUCCUUUGAGAACGUCCCGGUUCCUCUGGAGAACGUCAUUGGAGAAGUGGGAAGUGGGUUCAAGAUCGCCAUGAACAUCCUGAACUCCGGCCGCUUCAGCAUGGGCAGCUCCUCCGCCGGGAUGAUCAAGAAGCUGAUAGAGCUGACCGCCGAGUACGCCGCCACCAGGAAGCAGUUUGACAAGAGCCUGAGUGAGUUUGGAAUGAUCCAGGAGAAGUUUGCGGUGAUGGCUCUGAACGCCUUCGUGAUGGAGAGCAUGGCGUACCUCACAGCGGGCAUGAUGGACCGGCCCGGCGUCCCGGACUGCUCUCUGGAAGCCGCCAUGGUCAAGGUGUUCAGCUCGGAGGGGGGCUGGAUCUGCGUCAGCGAGGCUCUUCAGGUCCUCGGAGGUCUGGGAUAUACCAAGAACUACCCCUUCGAGCGCUACGUCAGGGACUGUCGGAUCCUGCCCAUCUUUGAGGGAACCAAUGAAAUCCUGAGGAUGUACGUUGCUCUCACUGGAAUGCAGUACGCAGGAAAAAUCCUCACCACCAAGAUCAAGGAGAUGAAGAAGGGAAAUGUGACGCUGGCUUUGGGCAUGGUGGGGAAGAAGCUGCGGAGCUCCCUGGGAGGCACGGUGGACUUCGGACUGACGGGGAAGGAUGGAGUGGUGCAUCCCAGCCUGGCAGAAAGUGCCAAGAAGUUUGAGCAGAACGUCGCCCUGUUCGGCUCCACCGUGGAGAGCCUGCUGUACAGAUACGGAAAGACCAUCGUGGACGAGCAGCUCAUCCUGAAGAGAGUAGCAGACGUCCUCAUCAACCUGUACGCCAUGACAGCCGUCCUGUCCAGAGUCAGCCGCUCCAUCAGCAUUGGCCUGAGGAACCACGACCACGAGGUGCUGCUAGCAAACACUUUCUGCGGCGAAGCCUUCUUCAAGAACAAUUACUGGAUGGCUCAGCUGCAAAAAAGUGAAUUCUCCUGAGAACAACGACGCCAACAUCAAGAAGAUCGCCAGGGAGGUGCUGGAGAACCGAGCCUACGUCUGCUCCCACCCUCUGGACAGGACGUACUGACGGCUCCCCGGCAGAGUCACGUAGAUAGCUGUGUAUUUUAUUAAUGAUUGUUCUUCAGGUGCCGGACGAGGCUCCGCCUUCUUGAGCCCGUUUGGCCUAACUCAACAUGUAACUGAUUAAAGAGAAUAAAAGUGCUUUCAGUUAAUUUUCCCGCAGUGAGAGCAGUGAGUGGCGCUCACAUGCAGGGGUCUGUGCUUUGGGGCGGGGGGGGGCAGCGAGCCUUCAGGCCCGGAGCCAGAGCCACGCUCACACAGCCGAGGGAGAGAGCCGGGACAUAAAGAGAGAACAGACCAGUAAACAAGCUGUGAAGUGCUCUGCACGGAGCGAAGGGCCUUUCAAGCUGCGGUGACUGACGUUGGAGCUCGGACCAGCUGAACCCUCCUGGUCCCCAGUGAGACCCGAUCGACCUCCGCUGUUCUGCUCAGCUUGCUGCAGAAGCUGUACUUCUUUAAUCCAGAUUGGUUUGAAACGGUCAGAAUCCUGUCUGAUAAAUCCAGGUGAAGCUUAAAGAACAGAAGGCUUCACGCUCAUUAGAUUCAUGUCAUACUGUGUAGCCAGCUGUGGACCACGGGCCUUAUGUUUAACACCCCUGAUCUUAGUCAUGUCCCUGUCAGGAUCGAGCGUGUGUUCUGUCAUCUAAAAAAAAACAAUAAAAGUUCUGGUUGGUA